UUAGAUACAACUUAAGCGUCUUAAGCGUUGAGCAUCGCGGCCUGUGUCGUGGUAACUGUGAUUGACAAACUUCACCACCCGCUGCUGGUGGCGCUGCCUCCGGCCGCGUCCGUUUGGGUUUCCAUAGUAACCGAAGACUGGCAACAAGUUUUGAAAUAUACGUUAGAAAGAAGUGAGUGAAGCGGGGACUUUACAGUGAAAUAAAGUCAAGGCUGAAGACACCGGCCGGACAUGAGCUGCCAGAGUUCACGGUGAGUUCGUGACGAAUCAGACGAAGCAAUGGGAUGUUGAUCGUUUAAAAAUGCGUGCACGUAUGUGGUUUGAAACGUUUGCUUUGCGUGUGCUAAACAGCGCCGUGGUGACCGGGAGCAGCCUGUGGGAGUGGAGCGACACUUUGGUUCAUUUACGGAGGAAACGGCGGGAGCAGGAAACGCUGUCUGCGGUGAUUGAGGAGAGCCGACAGAAAUCGGAGGAGUUGAGACUCCGCAAAGAAGAGCGCCAACAAGAGGCUGAGCGAACCAGAGGACUGAGCCGAAGCCAAGAUAUAUUACCCAAGGAUCGCGAAACAAGCCGUGCUGUUCUAAAAGCCGAGAAGCAAAAGAGGGAGCUGACUAACAUGGAGGCCGAGCUGCAGAAACUUCAAGAGGAGCAAAGUUCAUUGGAGAGGAGAAUAGAGCAGCAGCUGCAACAGGUGCAGAGAUGUUCUCUGUUCCAUGACUUCAUGCAGCGGGUUGUUCAGGCAACUAAGUUUGAAAAUGUUCAGGCCAUCACAGAUUCUCUUGAGAACCUUCUUCGCACCAGAGAUCAGUUCAGUGAGAGGUUCAGCCGAGCAGAUGAGCAGGUGAACCGGCAAAGAAAAGCUCUGCUGACACAUGAGGACCAGCACCGUCUGACCGUCCUGGGGAGGAGCAACCAGCUGUUGCAGCUCCAGACUGAACUGGAGAGGACGUUCUCAGAGGCUGAAUUCUGGGAGAGAGAGUGGAGUCACAUCCAGGAAACGGCAGCAAAUGAAACCCUACUGCUGGGUCAAAUUAAAAUGGCGACCCUGAACCUCCAUGAGUUGACGAAUGGAGAAGCAGAGAAUGCAGGAGCGGAAGCUACGUACGAUACAGAGUUACUGCUGGAGAAGAUCAGCGUUUUUGUCCAGGACCAUAAUGACAUUGUGAAGUGGGGAACUACUUUCACAUGACAACAGCUGGUUUGUUUAGUAUAAGGCAAGACCUUUUCCUGUGUCAUGGAUUAUGCUAUACACAAUAAAUACUGCCAUCUG